AUGCACAUCCUCUUGACACUCCUUCCAGCCCUGGGCCUCUUCGCCCAACUUAGUGUGGCCGCAUACACGUUGCGGGACGACUACGGCACCACUGACUCGUUCUUUGAUAAAUUCAACUUCUUCACGUCGCCUCGUCCUAGUCCUGUGCCUCGUCUCUCGAGGAUGGAUCGACGGAAUCGGUACCGCGUUGCUCAGUAG